AUGCAUAGCUUCGCGAUGACACGUGCGUGUGCCUGCUAUCCGCAUGAUAGCAUGGCAACUUUGCAGACCCAGACACAUCUGCAGUGGAUAAGGACAUACUUAUUUCCAGAUGAAGAUCCUCCAAGACCAGUUUCCGGAGCGUAUGAAACGGAAAACGCCCCCUCAUCUUCCGGAAAUUGCAUAAAAGAGCAUUACCAACAAGCGGAGGCUCUUUCAUAAGUAUACUUAGCUAGCAGCUUUGUCACGACAGCUGAAACAAAAAGUGUCAAAAUUUAGUUCCUGUGCGAGAGGGGGCUCGGUUUUCACGUUGAUAGAGUGCUUGCGGCAGGCUUUUGUGAUCAACGCGCCCGCGUUG